CGACCCAGAUCCGGAGACACCAGUCGAAAUGCUCGCAGGAUACCCAAAAACCCGCUAAAAUUCUCAACGAGGAAAACCAUAUCAUGUUCGGAGCAGUCCAAAUUGGAAUAAUGGCGGCCUGCGUGGUCCUCUUCGUUCCACUGGGUAUGGCCGGCUGGCAUUUGAGCCGCAACAAGAUGCUCUUCUUCAGCUGCGCCCUCUUCAUCACCCUCUCCGUCGGCGUUCACCUGACCCCUUACUUCCCGUCGAUCCCCUCUUUCCUUCCCUCCCCGGGUUUCCCUCCUCCCCACUCAUCUUCAGAAUCAAUCAAUCCCCGUUCUUGCAUUUCUUCCCUCCAUCAAGUCGCUUUCAGCAACGAAUCUUGGGAUUGGGCAAAGUCCGGGCUUGCGGAUCGGUGCGAAUUCCAGAAAUUGAGAAGACAAGACGUCUCGGAUUUGCUGAACGGGUCGUGGGUCGUUGUCGCCGGGGAUUCACAGGCGAGGUUGCUGGUGGUUUCGCUGCUGGAAUUGUUGCUGGGGUCAAAUGAGACGGAAUUGAUCAGAGGGGAUCUGUUCAAGAGGCACAGCGAUUACACAAUCGGGUUGGAUAAGAUUGGGAUGAAUCUUGAUUACAGAUGGGCGCCAUAUGUGAGCAACUUGACCAAUCUGGUGUUUGGUUUGAAGGAUAACAAGAAUUUCCCUGACUUGCUGGUGAUGGGGUCUGGGCUAUGGGACAUGCUACACGUGAAUGACGCAUCAGACUACGGCGUCUCCCUCAAGCUUCUCAGGGAUUCACUGGUGAUGUCAUUGCCCGUUUACCCGGGAUCUGUUUCGGGCAAUGGGAGGUCGCCCCGUCUGUUUUGGGUCGGUUUGCCCAAGCUGGUGAAUGCGAAGCUGAACACAGAAGAAAAGAGGGAGAAGAUGGGCGAUGCUCAAUCGCAAGCAUACUGUGAUGAGGUGUAUAGGAGUAAGCUGCUGUUGCAAUACGGCGGGCCAUUUUUCUUGUUGGAUAUUCAUGGUCUGAGUGAUCGCUGUGGGGCCCGGUGCACGGAGGAUGGUAUGCAUUACAAUGGGAUUGUCUAUGACGCGGCCGUUCAAAUCAUGCUAAAUGGAUUGGUUCUAGAAUCUAACCAGAAGCUGAUAUGAUGGUUUGGAUGGUUGUUGUGUCUUUGAUUCCUUUUAUUCAUUCAUCUCCCGGUGCUCCUCCCGGAUUUGAUCAAUUCAAUAGCAAAGUUUUGGGACGAUAGUUUACACGUUAUAGCGAAUGAGUAAUGUGCUUGGGAAUUGGGAUCUCACUUCCCCUUGUUAAUCUCUGGUGUGGUUUAGGGCAUUGGAUGGAGAGUGUACAACAUUGUUCAAUUGUUGGUGAUGAACUGUAAUGCCAUUUUCUUUCCUUGGUUUUAAGUUGUGUAGUAUCAUAUAUGGUCAGAAAUACUCUGCAGCCCAAAAUGGUUUUCUUGUUUGAAUCUGAAAUAGAUUCUGACUUUAAAGCCUCUGUUUCUAUGGAGAAAAUACCACUAAAAACAAGGAGGCUAA